AUGGAUGUGAGGUACGCCAGACACGGCGGUUUCGGUGGUGGUGGUGGUUGUGUUGCGAGGUACGUUGGUGGUGGGUUGUAUGAUAUAUCGAUGGUGGACAGGAUGAUGCUCAAGUUCAGACCAAUUGCACCAAAGCCGGUGGCUUCUGGGUCGGGUUCCGGUGACUCCACGAUGGAGAACGGUGGUAAAAGUGGCGGAGUUAAGAGGAAGUACGUUAGGGUGAAGGGAAACAACAGGAAUAAGGAUACUAAAGUUAAAAAAAGAAAGGUGUCAACGUCAUCGUUUCAGCCCAGGGAAGCAGUUUCCAGUGGUGGUGACGCGGUGGUGACGCUGUCGUUGAUGCCGGAGACGCCAGAUCGGAAGGAGAACUCGCCGGCCAACACUUCGUCGAGUGAAAACCUCGAUAAUAUUCUCCCGGUCAAGAAGAUAUCAUCCCCGAUCUGGUUAAGCUUCAAGAACAGCAAUCAAACACCGCCGGAGAGACAGCAACCGGUACUGUCGUCCGUGAAGGUGGAAUGGGUGGCGGAGACAUUUGUAGACAAGGGGUGGGUACGGUGGACGGAGAUGGAGAGUGACACAUGUCCGGGGUUCAUAUCGGACGGGGAAGACAGGGUGGUGUGGACGAACAAGGCGUAUAGGGAGAUGGCUGGUGGGGAGGAGGUGGUGGUGGUUCUGGUAAGGAAGGAGGGUAUGGGUUACCCUUACCCGGCGGCGUUCACAUGCAGUGUGAGGGUCACGUGCCGGAGUGGUACGAAUUCUUCAACCCUAACGGUGCCGUGUGACGCGUGGAGGAUGGGUGGUGGAUAUGCAUGGAGAUUAGACGUUAAAGCUGCACUUUGUUUGGGUCGUUAA